AUGUCUGACGAUCUGGGAGCCUGGCUCAAGGUUGCUGCUGAAAAUAAAAUUACUACGAAAAACACAUGGAGAUCUACCCUAAUUGACCAUUUUACAAACAUAGACGAGUUUCGGGAAAAGCAAGGAAUCAACUUCCAGAAAGCCAGCUGUACCCUGGAUGGAUGUGCUAAGGUUUAUUCAACGCGUGUGGAUGACGUUUCUGAAAAUGCCAUGAGGCUUUUAGAAGGAUUUGGAAGGGAGGAAAUUAAGAAGAAGCAAAACAGAAGGCAGAAUAAGACGACGAUCGAAAAAAACAUUCUGAAUCUCAAUAUCAAGGUGGGUACUUUGAGGAAAUCCGUUGAUUCGAAGUUUCUAUACUUGACAUCAUUGACGGAAAGUAUCUUGAUGGUUGAAGCGGCUGAAAUUUCCUCUGACGGAGUGCUUAGAAUGUCUUCUUCCAAAGAUAGGAAAGCCAUGAUUAUAGAUGAUCUCAAACUUGCGAUAAGCUUUCCAAAAGGACUUCUUGUUUCUCCUAGCAUAAGUGAAGAUAAGGAAAUAGAGAAAAUAAUCAUAGAACCUGUAGCAUAUAAUGAAGAAGAAAGCGUCAAGGGAUCUGCUGGGCUUGAGGUUGAUCAAAACCUCGACUUUUCAGAGAUCCCUCCAUUAAACGAUACUCAGAAUUUUGGCUACAGGGAGGAAGUUCCGUUCUCUCAUCUUAAAGGAUGGGCCGGGCCAAGCCACUGGAAGGUACAGGCCAGAAAGGGAAGAACUGGCGUCCAAAAGCCAAAGGAGGCCUCUUUUUUGGACUUUACCGAGAUUAUUGACCAUGAAGGCAUAGCAGAACCUGGGAAUACUCUUUUUGAGCCAUCCUUUAUAGUGGAGCGCAGAGAAAACCAUCAUAUAUUGCCUCAAGACUUUAGAUUGGAAGUAGAAGAUUUAUAUAAGUACUUGAUAAGAGACGGGACAUUCCGUAGAGGUCAGAGUUGUGUGGAUGAGGAACCAGUAGACUACUCUCCCCCGUCCUGUGUUAUUGAGGAGCCUGAGGAUGAGUUUGUAGCUGACAUUCCUUCACAGGGAAGCCAAAGGAACCUUAUUCCAUUCAGAAAGGCACCCAAAAAAGUCAACAUCAAGAAACUGAAGGAUAAUGUAUUUGACUCUGUUAUGAAGGGAAACACUACCCUGCUUUCUAUAUUUGAAAGUGUGCCUAAAAUAUAUGGGGAUGAAGAAUCUAAAGACAUUUCUAUGCAUCUUUGCUUUAUUUCCCUUCUUCAUCUUGCUAAUGAGAAGAACAUUCAUCUUAAAGACCUAGGAAACGAUGUGGAAGUGUGCAUCCAACCAGGUGUGAAAGCCCCGGGAUAA